GCAUCGAUGAAAGUCCCGAGAGGAACACAGGAAACCUUUCGGAAUAAAAACAUUUUAAGCUGUUGUUGCGUGAUCGACGAGCGUAAAACGGGAGUGGCCGGGCCCCGCAAUUUAGUUGGCGAUCAAGCACGUGCUUGAGUGAAUGUAUCAGACACGACUUAAUAUGGGGUUGGAGCAAAACUUUUAAGAGCAAGUUGAUAAUAACAAUGAUAAACGCAUUUGAAUAUUUCCGAUCGACCCCAUCGCAAAGACCUUCCGCAGCAAAUGCAUCCCCACGCAGAAUUUAUGUGUGCCCGCCGAACGUCGCUUAUAACUCCAGCAAAGAUGUCACUAAACGUAUCAGUUUCGACACCCUGACCAUCACAAUAUAUGGCUGGCCCUCUCGCGGUGGCCUGAUAACACUUGAGGAUGCCUCACCCGCCGACCUCGACUUCCUUGAUUUGGAUCGGAGGAAUCCGGGCAUGUUGCGACACGAACGCCGCGAAGAAGAAGACGCGUUCUGCCAAAAGCUGCUGUUGCUGGGCGCAAAGUGGUGGGACUCAAAUGCGCGAUACUCGCUGUUGAAUAGUCCGGACGUGAACAUAGUCGAACUGGACGAGAGCUACGAGCCGUUGCCAACGAUGCGGGAACGGCACUGGAUCAGCGUGGCAUGGCCUACUACGGGUGGACUCGUGGUCUCUGAAUUUGGCACCAACAUGUGGGGCGUCGAAAUUGAGGUUGAGGUUGUUCCAUCAGAUGUUGCGAGGCUGCGAUUGUGCGUAAGCAUGGAUGAAAAGGCCCACGUCCUGAAGGAGAGAUUCCAGGGAAAGACUUGGAGUAGCGUGGAAGACUAUGAAGGUAACGCAUUUAUCGGCUGCUGGGGACUGAAGAAGACGGGAGAAGUUGGAGAAUUCCAGGAGGUAUGGCCAGAGAAUUGAAGAGUCUAAUUGAUUGCUAAUAAACCUGCACACGAACUAUGAUGGAUGUUGCAAACGAUGAUUAUGCUUUAUUUCAUACCUCAACAUCUAAAUAAGCGCACAUAGUUGUAUAUCAAACAUCUAUGCGCU